AUGAAGUUCCAAUCUCUCGCAGCUCACAUAUCUCUUGUCCUCUCGCUUCUUUCUCUGCCUCUCGGAGCUUCAGCUGCUUUGUACAAGAAUGCGGCCGAUUUACCAAACGUUUCCUAUGAUUUUAUCGUUGUUGGCGGUGGUGUGGGCGGCAGUGUACUCGCCAACCGCCUGACGGAAAAUCCAUCGACAAACGUACUCGUCCUCGAAGGGGGUCCCUCAAAUGAGGAUGCGUUCGAAACCAAGGUCCCAUUCUUUGUGACACGUAUCCCCGCCCAAUACACAUGGAACUAUACGACCACGCCACAAGUCGGAAUGCACAACGCCGAGGUUCCCUUCGCCAGAGGGUUCGUGCUGGGCGGCAGCAGUUCCAUCAAUGGGAUGUUCUACACCCGAGGAUCUUCCGAUGACUUCGAUCGCUAUGCGGAGGUCACCGGCGACUCUGGCUGGUCAUGGAACAAUGUUCAAACCUACUUCGCAAAGAACGAAAAAUGGACCCCCCCAGCUGACGGACACGACACCACCGGUCAAUAUGACCCGUCCGUCCAUAGCACGACGGGCAUCAACUCGUACAGUCUCUCUGGCCACCACCAAGCCCUCGACCCAUUGGUGUUCCAAGCCGGACAGGAACUCGGCGGGAUCUUCGAUUUCAAACUGGAUUACAAUGACGGUACCCCUCUUGGCUUGGGAUGGCUACAAGCUGCGAUCAAUGGGUCCCAUCGCAGCAGUGCAGCAACGUCCUACCUUGGUCCCCAAUUCAUCAGCCGACCCAACCUCCAUGUCCUCGUCAAUGCUCGCGUGUCCCGCAUUCUCCAAACCGGUGCCGGGUCGACCUUCCAGGGGGUUGAGUACACGCAAGAUAUCAACAACGGUCCGCUGCGCUCAGUCAGCGCGACAAAGGAGGUCCUGCUCGCGGCGGGUGUCAUCGGCACGCCUCAGAUUCUGCUCAACUCCGGUAUCGGGGACUCGAGUUACUUGUCGUCGGUUGGGAUCCCACCGCUGGUGAAUUUGCCUAGUGUUGGCAGGAACCUGACUGAUCAGCCCACGACGGGGUGCCUUUGGAAUGUCAGGGCCGAUGCAGAUACGUUUGAUCCGGUAUUCCAAGAGCAGAAUGUGCUGGACGAUGCUAUGGAUGAAUGGAAUGAAGACGGCACAGGUCCUCUCGUUGUCACUCCCAUUGGGGAAGUUGUGUUCUUCAGGCUGAACGAGACCGAGCGAGCGAAUCUUGGGCUCCCUGCGGGUGUGGAUACUGCAGCAGGACCCAAUACGCCUCAUCUGGAAUUGGCCAUUGGUAACGGUUUCGUCUCACCCGCACCACCUCCAGGCAGAUGGUUGACUAUAUCAACCAAUCUGGUUUCGGCUACGUCCCGCGGGUCCGUCACGCUUGACACUACCGGCGGAUUCAAUGCCUUCCGUGCACCCCACAUUGAUCCAGCAUUCUACACCACGGAUUGGGACAUCAAGGCCAUGCGUGAAGCCGUCAAGGCUGCCAAGCGCUUUGUCUCAGCACCGGUGUUCCAAAAUUACGUAGUGGAAGCCUUGGGAACUCUGGCCACGGCUGAGACUGACGAGGAGAUCGAGGAGUACGUGAGGAGCAACAGCGGGACUACCGCGCACCCGGUGGGGACGGCCAGCAUGUCACCCAAGGGGGCACAAUGGGGCGUGGUGGACCCGGACUUGAAGAUGAAGGGAGGAAUCAAGGGCGUCCGAAUUGUUGACGCGUCUGUCUUCCCUUACAACCCCAGCAUGCAUACGAUGGCACCAACAUAUGUGAUUGCAGAGCGUGGGGCGGACCUCAUCAAAGAUACUUGGAACCUAUAA